GGAAGAGAGCGUUGGUUCUCCCAAGACAGAAGAGAUGUCUUCCUUCAGCACCCAGCCUCCAUACCCGAACCUAACUGUACCUUUCUUCACCAGCAUCUCAAAUGGGCUUUACCCAUCCAAGUCCAUCGUCAUAUCAGGCGUGGUCUUGUCAGAUGCUAAGAGGUUCCAGAUCAACCUUCGCUGUGGGGGUGACAUUGCUUUCCACCUGAACCCCCGUUUCAAUGAGAAGGUUGUGGUCCGAAACACUCAGAUCAACAACUCCUGGGGGCCCGAAGAGCGAAGCCUGCCUGGGAGUAUGCCCUUCAGUCGUGGCCAGAGAUUCUCAGUGUGGAUCUUAUGUGAAGGUCACUGCUUCAAGGUGGCCGUGGACGGUCAGCAUAUUUGUGAAUACCGCCACCGCAUGAUGAACUUGCCGGAUAUCAACACUCUAGAGGUGGCUGGUGAUAUCCAGCUGACACACAUGGAGACCUAGGAAGGUCUCUGGCCUAGGGAUGAAGGCUGAGGAACCCUACCUGAGUCUUGUCACCUCCUCCCUGUCUCAGCCCUGCCUCCCCAAAUCCUGUCAUCAAAGAGAGCCUCAUUGGCAGGAGUUCCAGGAAGGUGACAUUCCCAAUUCACACCCUCCACAAAGGGGGAGUCCUGGGCUGUGGGACACAUGGCUGUGAGCCCACAGUGUCAGCCAUUGCUCCCAAGCUAGUCAUCUUCUGAGGGAAGUGACCUCCCUGGGUUUGCCCCUUUCUCUGACCCUUUCCCUUCACCCCUCCAGGAGGGCCACCUUGAUGUCAUCCCACUGGCCUCCAACUGACCCAGAAUGUCCACAUUAACUUUUCCCCAAUCUUUCCCAAUGCCCAUAAAAUAAAGAAUAUCAAC